GGAGUCUCCUUGGUGUCACCAUCCAGACUCCAGUCUGUGCUGUGACCUCCUGGUGACAAUUUACCAGAGACCUCCCUCCUGAUCUGAGCCUGCGUUGCAAUGGGGGAGCCCACACUUCCUCAAUUUAAAGCCCACAGGCCGACAGAAGACAAGGUAUUACUGGGAGCAAUGAAGGAUCUGAUUCUGUAGUAAACACAGCAUUACAGUGUGUGGGGAACCUAUGGGAUGGUGGGAGUAGUCUGGAAUUCGAUUUAGAUUUCACAGUGAUUCACAUUGUUAUUCUGAGCCCAUGUUAAUUCUUCUGAAACAUGUAUUGUGAACAUAUAAUGGUUAUCAGGACAAUAUACACAGAUCUUAAAGCAAACAAAUACUUCAUAUGUGUUUCCACAGAUUAAAAGACCUAAUAUAGAAUUAACCAGCAUUUAUUGGGAGUUUUUGGUCAUCAGGAAAACAAGAUCUUUAUUGCAAGUAGAUAAAAGCAUGGAUUCUGUAUUAAUAGAUGUUUAAAUGUUAAAUACGGUGGUGUGUUAAAAAGGACAUGUUGACAUAUGAUCUGAGAUGUUUAUGUAUGGUAAAAAUAAAAUAGUAAAAUGAAUAAUUCAUGAUGCUUCUCAAUUGCACCCUGGAUCUCAUUGAUCAGCUACGUUGUAUCAGCACAGCUCUAUUUAAUGGAAUACCUUCAAGAAAUUUGUCAGGCGACGCUAGAUACACUUUGACACAACCUUUUUGUGAUCCUUUGGUCCCUUUUUUAAUUCUUUGAUGAUACGUUGUGCCAUUUUAAAUAAUGAUACAUGCCUUUUAUCUUAAAAUAAAUCCAAGCGCUAUGUCCAUUUCAAAGUUGUGAAGUGGUUAUGGUGCCUUAAGCUUGUAUUACAGCAUUUCACAUCAAAAAGCUGCACAGUUUUGUCACUCUGCUGCCAGAGGUGUAAGUCCACCUCCGACUGCUUUAUUGGGCGUCAUUAGCGAACCCAGAAAAAGAGCUCUGGAUUGUGUAAUGCCAAUUCUGCCGUCCAUGUUCUCCCUUCAGCCCACCCUCCCUGACAUCUGUGGGACUCUGUGGAGGAAGAUAGGGCUUCAGGGAGAACUUGGUGCUGGAACAAAUGUAAAUUAUAGCGGUUAUCCUUAUUUUGUUUUUCUUUUUUGUUUUUUUUAGGUUGGGGUGGGGGUGGGGCAGAGUGGAGGGACCAAAGCAGUGUUUUUUUGGUUGGAGUAAACAGCCACUGGAAAUCCUGUGUCUCCCCAUGUGGGUUUAUUCACUGAUAUGAAAAUUGUGCAGCCUAGACUUGCUAUGACCAUUGAUGUCGUUAUGGGGCCAUGAGGCCCCCAGGUACACUGCAUACCUUUUUUAUGAAUGGGGAGCUACUGAUUGGCUUAGAAUGCCACCGCUCUAGCCAAUCAGCGGUGCCCCUGUCUGGUGGCAAUCUGCGCUUCCUGUAACUCAGAUUCAGAAGCCGGAUGUAGCCUGGGGGACCAUAAGAUCGUUGCUGGAAGUAACAUGUGUGGUUAAACCAUUCCAGAAUUGUUUAACCCAGGGGUGCCCAUAAAGUAGAUCCCCAGAUGUUAAAACUACAGCUUUCAUGAUGCUUUGUUGUUCUAAAGCAUUCUAAAGGCAUGCAUAGCAACAUGGGCGUUGUAGUUCUACAACAUCUGGGGAUCUACCUUUAAGGCACGCAUGGUUUAAACCCUUAAGGCAAGAGUGCACACGGGGGCCUCCUGGCACCAUAACAACUUAAUUUAGAUGAAGUUGCUAUGGUGAGUGGAGUGUCCCUUCAAGUCAAAACAACUGGAGAAAGAGGAUAAUGUAACAUACAUUUGCCAGUUAUGUAAACCAACAGUUCCGCAUUUAGUGAAUAAACCAUUCUAUUAUGACCUUUAAAUUAGUGAGUUCUGCUCUGUUUUCAGUUUCCGUUAAUUUUUGUCUUGUGGUACACUGUCUUUCAUAUAAUAAACGGCUUAGUUUUAUCAUUUACCCCAAUACAAAGCUCACAAAUUGUAUAGCUUGAACGAUACAUUUGAAUCCAAAGCCUAUCCAGGGAUAUACAGCGCUGCAGUAUUUGUUGGUGCUUUAAAAAUAAUAAUAAAAGGCAUGCUAUGUUCAUACAGUCCUUGCUCGUAGCUGUCAGAACCCAGGAUAAAUAUUUAUGUUAUUGGGACUUUUUUGGUGAUUCUAUUAUUCAUAGUAAAAUGUGUUUUGCUGUAAAUUCCAGAACUUUAUGUCUUUUGUUCCGAUAGAAUGUGGCGAAUGGCUGUAGCGAUGAAGAUGAGCCUUUCCUUAAGAAGAACCCCCGCCGGUUUGUGAUCUUUCCAAUCCAGUACCCAGACAUCUGGAGAAUGUAUAAACAGGCCCAGGCUUCAUUCUGGACCACAGAAGAGGUAAGGUCACUGCCAAAACGCAAAGUACACAUUGAAAAGGUCAAACAAUAACAAAAAGUCAUUAAAUGAUUUACAGGUGAUACUCGAAAAAUUAGAAUAUCGUGCAAAAGUUCAUUUAUUUCAGUAAUGCAACAUAAAAGGGGAAACUAAUAUGAGACAGACUCAUUACAUGCAAAGCAAGAUAGUUCAAUCCGUGAUUUGUCAUAAGUGCGAUGGUUAUGGCUUACAGCUCAUGAAAACCCCAAAUCCACAAUCUCAGUAAAUUAGAAUAUUGUGAAAAGGUGCAAUAUUCUAGGCUCACAGUGUCCCACUCUAAUCAGCUAAGUAAGCCAUAACACCUGCAAAGGGUUUCUGAGCCUUUAAAUGGUCUCUCAGUCUGGUUCAGUAGGAAUCACAAUCAUGGGGAAGACUGCUGACCUGACAGUUGUGCAGAAAACCAUCAUUGACACCCUCCAUAAGGAGGGAAAGCCUCAAAAGGUAAUUGUGAAGGAAGUUGGAUGUUCCCAAAGUGCUGUAUCAAAGCACAUUAACCCCUUAAAACCGGAGGGUGUACUAUAAAGCCCUAUUCUGAGCGGCUCUAAAAGCCGCAGGGCGUAAUAGUACACCCUCACGGUUUUUCUUACUUACCCGGUCGCCGGUGAUCCCAGGGAGUCCCCCGCGGUGGAUCCUGCCUCCUCCGGCCCCCCCGGCCAUGUGAGAGUGAGGUCCUUGCGAGGACCUCACAAUCACAUGGCCGGGUUAGCUGGCUGCUGCAUUGCCAGCAGGGGGACUGCCUGUAAUAACAGUUAGUCCCCCUUCUGGCUGGAAAUCAAAUAAACAACAGUUAAAAUCAGUGUAAAUUUUUUUUAUUAUAUAUAUAUAUACAUACUGUCUAGGUGUAUUAUAGACUGAUACUGAUUAAAUAUAUAUAUAUAUAUAUAUAUAUAUAUAUAAUUAUUGUUAUAUAUAUUUAUAUAUAAUAAAAAAAAUGUAAAUACGUUAAAAAAUAACAAAUAUUAAAAAAAUAUAUAGAUGUGUGUUAUUUCAUUCUAACUGUAUUGUGAUAUUAAUAUAUAUAUAUAGAUUUAAAGCAAAAUACACGUAGAACGAAAUAAUAUAUAUAUCUAUAUACAUAAAUAUGUACGGAUAUAUAUAUAUAAAUAAAAAUAUUUAAAAAGAAUUAUAUAUAUAAUAUAUAAUAGAAAAUAAAGGGAGCACACUAGGACUUCUUCUCAAUGGGAAAAAGUAAUUUACUGUAUCAUCAAAUAAUACAUAUUCUGUGCAAAGUGCAAAAAAAAUCGACGUUUCGACCCGAUUUUUUUGCACUUUGCACAGAAUAUGUAUUAUUUGAUGAUACAGUAAAUUACUUUUUCCCAUUGAGAAGAAGUCCUAGUGUGCUCCCUUUAUUUUCUAUUAUAUAUUCAACUCGGGAUUGCACCUAGGCAGUUUUGAUUUUGUUUAAUAAGUUACAGGAGGAGUGCCUUGCUUAUCUAUUUUUUGUGUGUGUGUGUGUGUGUGUGUGUGUGUGUGUGUAUGUAUAUAUAUAUAUUUAUGUAAUAUUUUUACAUAAUUAGGUAUUUUAAUUAAUUACAAUUAGCAGGACCUGCAUGACAACCCAUGCCGAAAGUAAAGGGAAUUUAAUUUGCUAGCACUAUAUUUAACCCUAUAACUUUCCAAGACACCAUAAAACCUGUACAUGGGAUUACUGUUCUACUCGGGAGACUUCGCUGAACACAAAUAUUAGUGUUUCAAAACAGUAAAAUGUAUUACAACGAUGAUAUCGCCAGUAAAAGUGAAGUUUUUUGCAUUUUUCACACACAAACAGCACUUACACGGAUGAUAUUAUUGCUGCGAUACUUUUUACUGUUUUGAAACCCAAAUAUUUGUGUUCAGCCAAGUCUCCCGAGUACAACAGUGCCCCUCAUGUACAGGUUUUAUGGUGUUUUCAAAAGUUACAACGUCAAAUAUAAGGCAUGUGUUUCAUUUUUUUCACAUUAAAAUUUGCCCGAUUUGGUACGUUGCCUUUGAGACCCUAUGGUAGCCCAAGAAUGAAAAUUACCCCUAUGAUGGCAUACCAUUUGCAAUAGUAGACAACCCAAGGUAUUGCAAAUGGGGUAUGUUCAGUUUAUUUUAGUAGCCACUUAGUCACAAACAUUGCCAUUUUUUGCAUUUUUCACACACAAACAAAUAUUAACAAUAACUUUGGCCAGUGUUUGUGACCAAAUGGCUACUAAAAAAGACUGGACAUACCCCAUUUGCAAUACAUUGGGUUGUCUACUAUUGCAAAUGGUAUGCCAUUAUGGGUAUAAAUUUCAUUCCUGGGCUACUAUACAGUCUCAAAGGCAACGUAACCAAUCUGCCAAAUUUCAAUUUCAAAUGUAACAUGCUAUAUUUGACCCUGUAACUUCCCAAAACACCAUAAAACCUGUACAUAGGGGGUACUGUUUUACACAUGGGACUUUGCUGAAUACAAAUAUGUGUAUUUUAUUGCAGUAAAAGCAAACAGUAUUAUGACAUUGCCAGUUAAAAUGUCAUGUAGAACUAAAAAAAUAAAAAUCUUUUCUCCCAUUUUUUUCUAUAUUAAAUUAUGUUUCAUAGCUAAAUAUUUGAUUUUAUUUCCCCUGAAUAAAAUGAUAUAUAAUAAGUGUGGGUGCAUUUAAUAUGAAAGAGGAGAAUUACGGUUGGACAGACAUGUAGCGCAAAUGACAGAUUUUGUUUACGUUUUAUUUUGUUCACAACGUGUACAUUUGGCUCAGUCCUUAAGGGGUUAGUAGAAAGUUAUGUGGAAGGGAAAAGUGUGGAAGAAAAAUGUGCACAAGCAGAAGGGAUGACCGCAGCAUAGAGAGGAUUGUCAGGAAAAGGCCAUUCAAAAGUAUUGGGGACUUUCACAAGGAGUGGACUGAGGCUGGAGUCAGUGCAUCAAGAGCCACCACACACAGACGGAUCCUGGACAUGGGCUUCAGAUGUCGUAUUCCUCUUGUCAAGCUGCUCCUGAACAACAAACAACAUCAGAAGCGUCUUACUUGGGCUAAAGAAAACCAGACCUGGUCUGUUGCUCAGUGGUCCAAAGUCUUCUUUUCUGAUGAGAGCAACUUUUGCAUCUCAUUUGGAAACCAAGGACACAGAGUCUGGAGGAAGAAUGGAGAGGCACACACUGCAAGAUGCUUGAAGUCCAGUGUGAAGUUUCCACAGUCUGUGUUGAUUUGGGGAGCCAUGUCAUCUGCUGGUGUUGGUCCACUGUGCUUCAUUAAGCCCAGGGUCAAUGCAGACACCCACCAGGAGAUUUUGGAGCACUUCAUGCUUCCUUCCGCAGAUGAGCUUUAUGGGGAUGCUGACUUAAUUUUCCAGCUUGGCACCUGCCCACACUGCCAAAAGCACCAAAGCCUUGUUCAAUGACCGUGGGAUUACUGUGCUUGAUACGCCAGCAAACUCGCCUGACCUGAACCCCAUAGAGAAUCUAUGGGGCAUUGCCAAGAGAAAGAUGAGAGACAUAAGACCGAACAAUGCAGAAGAGUUGAAGGCCGCUAUUGAAGCAUCUGGUCUUCCAUAACACCUCAGCAGUGCUACAGGCUGAUAGCUUCCAUGCCACGCCGCAUUAAGGCAGUAAUUGCUGCAAAAGUGGCCCAAACCAAGUACUGAGUCCAUAUGCAUGCUUAUACUUUUCAGAGGUCUGAUAUUGUUCUAUGUACACUCCUUGUUUUAUUGAUUGCAUGUAAUAUUCUAAUUUACUGAGAUUGUGGAUUUGGGGUUUUCAUGAGCUGUAAGCCAUAAUCAUCGCACUUAUGACAAAUCACGGCUUGAAAUAUCUUGCUUUGCAUGUAAUGCGUCUAUCUCAUAUAUUAGUUUCCCCUUUUAUGUUGCAUUACUGAAAUAAAUGAACUUUUGCAUGAUAUUUUAAUUUUUCGAGUAUCACCUGUAUUUCACAUUGAUAUAAACCUUUUUGACAUUUAUGUGGUUGUUUAAGAAACCGAAUCAAUCCUGCUAACCCACACAAAUAUAUUGUAGACAAUUGUCUAACUGCUUGAAAAUGGUUAAAUAAAAGCAGGAGGCACUGAACGCAUAACUUCUAGCUGCUACAAACGGCUUAGUGGUUAUGGUGCUUAGUGUGUUUUGACAUUUUUUUUUUUUUUUAACAGAAUGUAUCAGUAUUUCUUUCCUGUUUUGUCUGGUGGCCCAGGAAACUGUCCCUAGUAUUGCACCUGCCAUUUCAAUGUAACUGCUAUUAUGGGACAUGAAGCCACAGUUAUAUAACUGCUGUUCCUAGCACAUCCUCUGUGGUGAAGCCAUAACCUCAAAGGGAUCUCCAGCAACAGGUGUGAACAUCAACAGCAAGAUGAGUCACGGGUUACAUUUAAAGCGUUACCAUGAUGCUUUGCCAUAUUGUUUGUUGUCUUAUUUGUUUAACCUUAAUGACCAAGGUUUGUCCAAGAUUCUGUGUGUUUGUGACCGAGGACAUUUUGGCCCUUCAGGUCCUUGUUUGUUCUACUAUAAUUUAACUCUUGUUGAUUGUCUUCCUGGUCUGUCUUCCUGGUCUAUCUAGUCUAUCCUGUCUAUUUUUUUUUUUUUUUUUUUUUAAAGGACAGGUAAGCCAUUCUUAUAAGUAAAGAUACAGCAGAAGUAAGGGGAUAUUUUAAGCACCUAAACAACUUCAGCUAAAAGAAACACUGUAGCGUUAAGAAUAUGCCCGUUGUCAUUUAGGUGUUCCCCCAACACAUAAAAGAAAAUAAUCUAAAUAAAUAAAAAUCAAAUUAAUUACUCACAUUUUCUUAAGUCGGCACUGCCAGGACCUCCACCACAGCUUGAGUCAUUCUGGAGGUGUCUUUCCAGGAAGACAGGCCAAUCCAAUGCUCCUCAUAAAGGAGCACUGGGGAAUAUAGGAGCAUGUAACGAACCCCUUGUACUUUGUAUUGUACGUUUGUUCACACUCUGCGGAACUCUUAGAAGGUUAUGUGAAUACAGCCUGUUCGCAUGGUACGCUAAUUCGUACUCCAAGAGUGGAGAAAAUCAAUUGCUUCGUCAUUCGCAUAUCCAAAUAUAAGUCGAGACUUGAUGAAGGGUACAACUGGAAUGCUUUAUUAUGUCCAGAUGGUCCACUUUUAUACACAGAUCCCCAACAGGGAACUUCAGCAAAAAUAUAGGUAAAACACACCCAGGCGUCUCUGUGGCUGGGAGAUAAUUGAGUGUACUUUGCUUAAACUAAUUAUCUUCCAGACACUAGAGGUACAGAGUAUAAAACAUAAAAUACUCCAAAACAUAUACAAUAUUACAAGGGACCCCCACAAGUCCUAUGUCCCUGGAUAGCCUGGAUCUAAGCACCCAAAGUGUCCAAAUAGUGCUCAGAUCCCAUAAAUACAGCCGAAUCGCCACCAGGGUAAAGUUUUGACCGACCGCACACGUGGCGUCUGCCCAAAAUAGUUCCAGAGGAAAGGUGGUAGCGGUCCCAAAACGAAAAAAAUCCCGAACAGUUCCCCUGGCUCAUAGGUAGCGAUUGUUCGUCUAGUUCGUGCGUACCUUUUCACUGAAUAGCGCUCUCCUGGCUUGUCGGGAUUAGAAGCAGGCGUUGGUACAAAGUUACCAGUGUUUGUGGGUUAGAGUGUCCGGCUUGGAGUUCCAGACACUCGACGACCAAGUACCGCUGCCUGCCUAGCUGAGAGGGGAGGCACACUCAGGGACAGCCUCGGGCUGCAAAAGCUCUAGCUGCGCCACUGCAACCAUUAGAUGCUGUCCUAACCCUGCAAUGUAAACGUUGAUGAUAUGAAGUGGUCUAGGUGCCUAUAGUGUCCCUUUUUUAAAGAUCAUGUUUCCAUAUUUCUCCCAGCAGUAUGUGUAUUGAGCACACAUGCACAAAUUACUGUACAAUUGAAUUAAUUCAUUCCCGUAUGGUGUAAAUCCAGAAUUUUGUUUAGUUUAAUGUUUUGGGUCACUUAGGAACUUUUUUGUUCAACCAGAAUGUCAAAAGUUAGUCAGCCACUAGGGUCGAUUGUUAAUAUUAAAUUCAUAUCAUAUAGAUAAAUCAGUAGUUAUUGUCAUAAAUUCACCUUAAAGACUUUGACGUUAGUGAAGUAAGUGCAUUUUAAUUAGACCAAAAAAUUAUCCUUAUUUUCUCAUUAAAAUGUAGAAUGUUAAAGGCAAAAAUAUUUAGUCAAUUAAUCUUUUUGAAAAAAAUUUUAUUUCAAUUUUCAGGUUGAUUUGUCCAAGGAUCUUGCUCACUGGGAUCAGCUGAAAUCGGAGGAGAAAGAUUUUAUUUCCUAUAUAUUGGCUUUCUUUGCUGCUAGUGAUGGGAUUGUAAAUGAAAACCUGGUAUGUUUUACAUGUUAACCUUUUACCAGGCAAAAAGAAGAAUGUUAAAACAAGCGUUUGUGAUUUCAAAGGCUAACAAACAGGGUUAUCCAAAAAAAAACAAAAAAAAACCCAGGAAUUCUAAAGAAGUAAUUUGUAAAUUUUAUGACACAAUGGCUUAGGAGAAAAUCAUCUGAGUUAGUUAAUGUUUUCCAUUUUGCUAUUUUGGGCUAAAUCUAUGAAUUCCUCAUAAUUCCCAGUUUAUUGAAUAUCACUAUGAGGGAUGAUAUGUGAAUGUGCUACUUAAUAAAGGAUGGCAAAUGUCUGUAAUGGGCUUCAGUGGAAGUAGGGAUGCUGAAAGUAUAGCUGAUGUGGAAAAGUGUCCAGUUUUGGCUAUUUUGGUAUUUGAUUUGAAAUUCACUUUGUAUUCCUGUAAGUUGUCACUGCAGCGGAUAACCCUAUAUGAGGCAUGAUAUUGAGACAAGAGGUGAGGUAGUCAAAGUUAAAAUGAAUGAUCAGUUAGGUAGGUAGGUAGCUAGGUAGGUAGAACCUACUGUUUUCGACAAUAGAGAUUGUAAGUGAAGAUCUGUCUGUCAUAGUACAGAGUGUCCCAGUGUCCCCGCCCAGAUUUGAUGUUUGUUUUCAGUAUUAUAUGGGAAGUCCUACAGAUAUAUAAAAGUAAAACAAUAAUUUUGUUGUAAUACUACACAUAUAUCAAAGAUUUUUAAAACAAGAAAAAUAUGCACCAACAAAUGUAAUAAAAUGACCUUACCUGCAAUCUGCAUUGGUGGUUUGAGUCAAUGCCACAACUGCCAUCCAAUAAAAUGAUCCCAUAAGUUCUCCCAUGUGCUCUAUAACAUUACUGCCAUGGGGCAAUUCAUCAAAUAUUAGCAUUCAGGACUGGGAUAGUGUGUGAAGGUGGAAACAAUUUACAAUGUUCCAAAAAUACUAAACUCUGCAGGUAAGUGGUAAUCCGUUUCUGUGAACAGAAUAAGAAGCGUAUUAACUGUUAUCAAACUGCCUGAGUUUAACUUGGAACGGUGAAUUUAAGAUUUAAAGGGACACUAUAGUCACCAAAAAAACUACAGCUUAAUGUAGUGGUUCUGGUCUCUAUAGCCUGUCCCUGGCGGCUUUUUAAUGUAAACACUGCAUUUUCAGAGAGAAGGCAGUGUUUACAUUACUGCCUAGUUAGGAACACCUCUAGUGGCAGUCACUCAGAGGUGCUUCCUGGGUCGGUACUGGACAGUGUGAAUAGAGACGCUGAAUGCACCCUAUAUAGAUGCACUGAUUCUCUAUUAGAGGAUAUGCUGAUUGGCAUAGCACGUCCUUUUGUCGUGCAUGUGCAAUAGCCUCCCAUUGCUCUCCUACAGGGGAAUGUCAUUAUGUACAAAGCGCCCCUCUGUGAGUAGGCAUUGUGGGCUAUUAUACUCCAAACUUCGAAAUUAAUAUAAUCAGUACAUUUGUUGGUAAUCUUGGUGAAAUGUAUGUAUUGAGUUUUUAUAAAAUGCCUGAAACAGAACUCAUCAUGUAUAUAUGUGGAAAAAACAAAAAAGUUGGAUACCCCAAAAGGGGAAACAACUAGGUGUGUGUCUAGGGGCGGCCAAAAUAGGGGAUAACCCUCACGUGUAUUAAUUUGAAAGACAGACCUGAUAGGUCAGGAGAAACAGGGCGCCCCCUGGUGAAUACUUAUAUAUAUAUAUAUAUAUACAAAGGAGGUAAAACAUAACCUUUAAUUGUUGCUGUAAUAAAAAAAUACUCUAACAAAAAACUUAGAAAAAAUGUGUAUUUAAAUAUUUUAAAAUUAGGAGGAUAUAUGCCUGGAAGGGGAUAAUUAACCUGAGGAAAUCACCUAAAGGAUAUCAAGCUGAAUAAAGCUGCAAAUCCCCCCAACCAGUAUAGUACGUCUCUCAGUAAUGGUACCUCUAAAACUUGCCAAGAUAAAGAGAAACAAUUCCUCUAUGCUUGCUGGAUGGAUUCUUAUCUCUUUUACCACUAACUGAAAUAAAAUCCAAUAGGGUAAGAAAGUAGCAAAUGUAUAUAUCCUUGUGAGCAAAUUUGUAGCAAGAAAUAGUAGAGAAGGUCCAUUAACUGUGUGAUCAUCCACUAGUCUAAAUACGAUAGCUAGAUAGAUACAGUGUGAUAGAUAUCGUAACAAUAUUGUACGCCCGUCACUGAGGGAUUGAGGAAUGGGGGAAAAAAGGCAACUAUAUUCUAGUCAGUAAUGCUGGAGGAAGCUAUCACAUAAUAAGCUUGACUGUAUCUGGUAGAAAAAGUAGCCCCGUCGCCCAUAUCCUCCCCACCCCUUCUAGUGAAUCGUAUUGGAAUUCUAUCUAGCUAAUCAUCAGGAGAGACUAAACUAGUCGGCGUCCAGGUACAGAAAUAUCCUGCCUGCUACCUAACACGUGUUUCGGCGCUGCUAACGCGCCUUCUUCUGAGGCUAAACAGGUGAUCGGAGCAUCGGUGACUCCUUAAAUAGCCCUUUAAACUCAGUUCAUAAUGGGGGCGUGUGCAGUGCGUUCGCGCCAAAAUUGGCCGAACGCAAUCCAACCCCGCCCCCAAUGACGAUCCAGCCUCUGAUUGGUGAGUGUAGGUUGAUUGAACAAAACCUCCGUUGACCCUAUAGGUGCCAAUCUUACGUGGCUACUGGGUAGCAUGCAGCAUUUGCCGCAUAGAUAAUUCUGAGGUAUAAGAGACCCAUCGCCAUAUUAGUGAUUUAUAAGGGAGGGGUGUACAGUCAGUGUAGGACUUAGAAAGGCUUAUGAAUCCACAGGAGUUCGAUAGAAUCAUUACCAUUGUCAUAGUGGAAUACUAGGUGGGAGUCCAAUUAAUAAUUGAACAUGAAUUGAGACCAGAAAGUAAGCCAAUCUCUGGAGAGAGAUCCUAUUGAUUAUAGAGUCCUUGCAGAAUCCAGUUAAUUAUUAGACAUGGAUUAAGACUAGAUAACAAAUAAGCCGAUCUCUAAGGAGAGAUCCUAUUGAUUGUGCUAUCCUUAUAUAUCCAGAAUAGCACACCUAGACAUUAAGGUUAAAUGUCAAAAUACUGGAUCAAGAGUCCAGUCAGUUACUAGAACUAGGCUAGAGCUGGAUAGUAAGUAAACCGAUCUCAGAUUAUGUAAGUCCUGUUGAUUACACUGUGCUGAUGGAUAAAUGAAGUUAUAAACGAGUGUGUAUAUAUAGGGUCAGAUGGAUCACCGAUGCAUAAAACAAAAUAAAUAAAGGACAAAGAAAAAAGUGUAUACAGUCUAAAUAAUUAUUAUGUACAUAUAUAAUACAAUUACAUUAAUAUAGUUCCUUAGUGUUACUAUUUUUCAAUGAAGGGAGUAAAAGUAAACCCCUCAUUUAAACCAUUGGGGGCCAAAGUUUUGAACCUAUAGAUCCAGUAGCACUCUCUUUUAAGGAGGGUGUGAUCCAAGUCACCGCCCCUACGGCCUAGGGUCGCUUUUUCAAUCCCUGCGAACCUAACCACUUCGGGAUCCCCACAGUGUUGAUUUCGUAUAUGUCUCGCCACAGGGGUGUCCCUUUGGUUCCUCACAGAAUGUAUGUGCUCCAUGAUACGUCUUUUAAAGGGGCGGAUUGUUUUACCCACGUAUCUGAGGCCACAUGUGCAGAUCAAGAGAUAGACUAAACCUUUGGUAUUGCAAUUAAAAAAUUGUUUAACAUUACAGACCACUUGACCACAUGAAUCUGUGAGGUGUUUAGAAUCUUUACAGAUGUACCUACAAGCCACACAUUUGCCACAUUUGUAAGUACCCUGUACAGAAAGCCAGUUGUGACCUGGCUUAGUAGAGGAGAAAUGACUGGGCACAAGUGCCUCCUUUAAAUUCCUUCCUCUACGUGCUGUAAGGGAUACAUAAGGGGUCACAGUCCCUUUGAGAUGGGGAUCUUGGGAUAUAAGUGGCCAGAAUCUUCCCAGUAUAUUUUUCGCCUGAUCCCAGCCUGAGUCAAAAUUAACAAUGCAACGAAUAGGUGCUUGUUCAUUAGGGAUCGGUUUAUCCUUGAGGAGUUCCAUUCUAUCGCUGUAUAGCGCUCUUUGAUAUGCUUGCUUUAAACAGCGGUUAGGAUAUCCUCUUUCUUUAAACCUGGUUUUAAGUGACUUGGCUUGAGUAAUAAAGUCCUCCAUGCUAGAGCAGUUCCUCCUCAACCGGAGGUACUGUCCAACAGGAAUGCCUCUCUUUAAUGUGGUUGGGUGAUGACUUUCCCACCUCAGCAUAGUAUUUGUUGAGGUGGGUUUCCUAAAUAAUGUUGUCUCAAUGGUCUGCUUAGAAGUGGUACUAAACGUACAGUCGAGGAAAUUGAGGGACGAACCCCCUAUUUCCAUUGUGAACUUCAAAUUGAGGUCAUUAGAGUUCAAGUUCUCUACAAAGGUCACAAAGCAUUCCCUUGUUCCCGUCCAUACCACAAGGACGUCAUCUAUAUACCUCUUCCACAUAAAGAUGUAUUUGGUGUAUUCAGUGUUUGUAUCGGUGAAAACCACAUUCUCCUCCCACCAGCCCAGGUGCAGGUUAGCGUAUGAUGGGGCACAAGAUGUACCCAUGGCUGUACCCUGCACCUGGUGGUAGUAUUGGCAAUCAAAUAAGAAGAAAUUGUGGGUCAAGACAAAUUGCAGCAGAUCCAAUACAAAUAAAGUGUGGCGUUGAUGUUCGGAUCCCCGUGUUUCCAAGUAAUGUUUAAUGUGUCUCAGCCCCAGGGAGUGUGGAAUGGAAGAGUACAAUGCCUCCACAUCGAGGCUACAUAAGAUGGCAUCUCUUGGUAGACUGAUGGAGGUUAGGCAUUUCAAAGUAUCCUUCGUAUCCCUAAGGUAAGAAGGUAGCUUUUCUACGAAGGGACGAAGGAUCUUAUCUAGGUAGAUACUGGCCUUACAUGUUAUGUUAUUGGAUCCGGACACAAUGGGUCUAGCUGUCAAGUUGUCAUAGUGCUUAUGCACCUUUGGUAGACAGUAGAAUGUGGACACGGUCGGACUUUUGACAUAGAUGAAUGUAUACUCAUCUUUGCCCAGGACUCCAUCAUCAAACGCCUUAUCUAAAAGAUGUUUCAGGGCCGACAAGAAUUUAGCUGAAGGGUCUGUAGGUAGUACUUUGUAAGUGGUACUGUCUUUGAGUAUAUUUAGAGUUAGUCGUAUAUACUGUGUUCUACUUAGUACCACAAUAUUCCCCCCCCUUGUCAGCCGGCUUGAUGAUAAUGUCAUCAUUGUUUUGUAAGUCACAGAGGGCCUGCCACUCAUUUCUAGACCGAUUACUGUGUGGUCGGGGUUGGAGGGAGUCCAUCCUUAGCUCAUGUAACAUGUUACAGGUUGAGUCCACGAACAUAUCAAUGUUCUUAAAAUCUUUGAUGUUAGGGGUAAACUUGCUUUUAUGUCGUAGGUCGGUAUAGGGCAACGUGACUAAACCAUGUGACUAAACCAUGAGAAUGUGGUUUUCACCGAUACAAACACUGAAUACACCAAAUACAUCUUUAUGUGGAAGAGGUAUAUAGAUGACGUCCUUGUGGUAUGGACGGGAACAAGGGAAUGCUUUGUGACCUUUGUAGAGAACUUGAACUCUAAUGACCUCAAUUUGAAGUUCACAAUGGAAAUAGGGGGUUCGUCCCUCAAUUUCCUCGACUGUACGUUUAGUACCACUUCUAAGCAGACCAUUGAGACAACAUUAUUUAGGAAACCCACCUCAACAAAUACUAUGCUGAGGUGGGAAAGUCAUCACCCAACCACAUUAAAGAGAGGCAUUCCUGUUGGACAGUACCUCCGGUUGAGGAGGAACUGCUCUAACAUGGAGGACUUUAUUACUCAAGCCAAGUCACUUAAAACCAGGUUUAAAGAAAGAGGAUAUCCUAACCGCUGUUUAAAGCAAGCAUAUCAAAGAGCGCUAUACAGCGAUAGAAUGGAACUCCUCAAGGAUAAACCGAUCCCUAAUGAACAAGCACCUAUUCGUUGCAUUGUUAAUUUUGACUCAGGCUGGGAUCAGGCGAAAAAUAUACUGGGAAGAUUCUGGCCACUUAUAUCCCAAGAUCCCCAUCUCAAAGGGACUGUGACCCCUUAUGUAUCCCUUACAGCACGUAGAGGAAGGAAUUUAAAGGAGGCACUUGUGCCCAGUCAUUUCUCCUCUACUAAGCCAGGUCACAACUGGCUUUCUGUACAGGGUACUUACAAAUGUGGCAAAUGUGUGGCUUGUAGGUACAUCUGUAAAGAUUCUAAACACCUCACAGAUUCAUGUGGUCAAGUGGUCUGUAAUGUUAAACAAUUUUUUAAUUGCAAUACCAAAGGUUUAGUCUAUCUCUUGAUCUGCACAUGUGGCCUCAGAUACGUGGGUAAAACAAUCCGCCCCUUUAAAAGACGUAUCAUGGAGCACAUACAUUCUGUGAGGAACCAAAGGGACACCCCUGUGGCGAGACAUAUACGAAAUCAACACUGUGGGGAUCCCGAAGUGGUUAGGUUCGCAGGGAUUGAAAAAGCGACCCUAGGCCGUAGGGGCGGUGACUUGGAUCACACCCUCCUUAAAAGAGAGUGCUACUGGAUCUAUAGGUUCAAAACUUUGGCCCCCAAUGGUUUAAAUGAGGGGUUUACUUUUACUCCCUUCAUUGAAAAAUAGUAACACUAAGGAACUAUAUUAAUGUAAUUGUAUUAUAUAUGUACAUAAUAAUUAUUUAGACUGUAUACACUUUUUUCUUUGUCCUUUAUUUAUUUUGUUUUAUGCAUCGGUGAUCCAUCUGACCCUAUAUAUACACACUCGUUUAUAACUUCAUUUAUCCAUCAGCACAGUGUAAUCAACAGGACUUACAUAAUCUGAGAUCGGUUUACUUACUAUCCAGCUCUAGCCUAGUUCUAGUAACUGACUGGACUCUUGAUCCAGUAUUUUGACAUUUAACCUUAAUGUCUAGGUGUGCUAUUCUGGAUAUAUAAGGAUAGCACAAUCAAUAGGAUCUCUCCUUAGAGAUCGGCUUAUUUGUUAUCUAGUCUUAAUCCAUGUCUAAUAAUUAACUGGAUUCUGCAAGGACUCUAUAAUCAAUAGGAUCUCUCUCCAGAGAUUGGCUUACUUUCUGGUCUCAAUUCAUGUUCAAUUAUUAAUUGGACUCCCACCUAGUAUUCCACUAUGACAAUGGUAAUGAUUCUAUCGAACUCCUGUGGAUUCAUAAGCCUUUCUAAGUCCUACACUGACUGUACACCCCUCCCUUAUAAAUCACUAAUAUGGCGAUGGGUCUCUUAUACCUCAGAAUUAUCUAUGCGGCAAAUGCUGCAUGCUACCCAGUAGCCACGUAAGAUUGGCACCUAUAGGGUCAACGGAGGUUUUGUUCAAUCAACCUACACUCACCAAUCAGAGGCUGGAUCGUCAUUGGGGGCGGGGUUGGAUUGCGUUCGGCCAAUUUUGGCGCGAACGCACUGCACACGCCCCCAUUAUGAACUGAGUUUAAAGGGCUAUUUAAGGAGUCACCGAUGCUCCGAUCACCUGUUUAGCCUCAGAAGAAGGCGCGUUAGCAGCGCCGAAACACGUGUUAGGUAGCAGGCAGGAUAUUUCUGUACCUGGACGCCGACUAGUUUAGUCUCUCCUGAUGAUUAGCUAGAUAGAAUUCCAAUACGAUUCACUAGAAGGGGUGGGGAGGAUAUGGGCGACGGGGCUACUUUUUCUACCAGAUACAGUCAAGCUUAUUAUGUGAUAGCUUCCUCCAGCAUUACUGACUAGAAUAUAGUUGCCUUUUUUCCCCCAUUCCUCAAUCCCUCAGUGACGGGCGUACAAUAUUGUUACGAUAUCUAUCACACUGUAUCUAUCUAGCUAUCGUAUUUAGACUAGUGGAUGAUCACACAGUUAAUGGACCUUCUCUACUAUUUCUUGCUACAAAUUUGCUCACAAGGAUAUAUACAUUUGCUACUUUCUUACCCUAUUGGAUUUUAUUUCAGUUAGUGGUAAAAGAGAUAAGAAUCCAUCCAGCAAGCAUAGAGGAAUUGUUUCUCUUUAUCUUGGCAAGUUUUAGAGGUACCAUUACUGAGAGACGUACUAUACUGGUUGGGGGGAUUUGCAGCUUUAUUCAGCUUGAUAUCCUUUAGGUGAUUUCCUCAGGUUAAUUAUCCCCUUCCAGGCAUAUAUCCUCCUAAUUUUAAAAUAUUUAAAUACACAUUUUUUCUAAGUUUUUUGUUAGAGUAUUUUUUUAUUACAGCAACGAUUAAAGGUUAUGUUUUACCUCCUUUGUAUAUAUAUAUAUAAGUAUUCACCAGGGGGCGCCCUGUUUCUCCUGACCUAUCAGGUCUGUCUUUCAAAUGUAUAUAUGUGGACAGCAAAGUUCUGCUUAAGAAAUGUGUUAUUAUUUACACUGAAGAUAAUGUCUAUUCUUCAGGUUGAACGGUUUUGCCAAGAAGUCCAGGUUCCAGAGGCUCGCUGCUUUUAUAGCUUCCAGAAUCUGAUCGAGAACAUACACUCGGAGAUGUACAGCCUGCUCUUAGAGACCUAUAUUAAAGAUCCACAAAAACGGUAAUUGGAUGUGAAUUUCCUUUCUCAAAUUAUAAACAUUUCCAUGCGACUAUUCUGCCGGUUGAAAAGAUUUCUGAAUGACUGUAAUUCAGUAAAUUAUAAAAAAAAAUGUAAUCAUUAUUUGUAUUGCCAUAUGACAGUUCAGUCGGUUUAAAAGAUUUAUGAAUUAUUGUAAUUCAGUAAAUUAUUGGGGUUUGCUUUUUUUUUCAUUAAACAUUUGUUUUUGUGAAUCUGCAACAAACUUGCAAAAUUCUGGUCAAUAAAAUUGUUCAUAAAAAAAAAAUCAGGAAGAGCCAAUAAAACCAAAACAAAAACUUGAUGAGCCAUUUGAAAACAUGUCAUCUUGAUACUUUCAAUCCGUCAGAAUUUAACUACAAUUGACAUCACGGCCAGCAAACAACAAAAAAAUAAAUCUGCAUAUAUACAUUUAUUACACAAAUAGCAGCUGCCAGUCUCAUGUCAUUUUCAAAUUUAUUUAUAAAAUAUUUUACCAGGAAAGAUACAUUGAGAUUUCUCUCGUUUUCAAGUAUGUCCUGGGUCUUGGUAAAAUAAAUGUCAAAAUAAGAAAGUUGCAUGACUUUCACUAUUUGAACUCUAUUUUGUAUUUUGUCAAACUGAAGCAUCACUCUUUCUUCCGUAUUUAUUAAUGCAAUGCUUUUAACCUUUUUUGAUGUGGGCCCAGUCAAACUACAUGGCAUUAGAUUGGCGAUCAUUCUUCAAUGAUACAAUUACCUCAAUUACUCAUUAUUCAACUGUUAUGUAACAUACAAAAUGAAUUCAGAAAAAACCCUGCAUUGGACUCUAGGUUAGCCAUGCAUCAUACAUUUAGAACAACGGAGAACAGAGCAGGCUCAUCAAGUGUUCUUUUACGCAGGGUCUGAUAUGUUUUUUGUCUUUAUUUCAGAGAUUUCUUUUUUAAUGCAAUUGAAACUUUGCCCUGUGUUAGAAAGAAAGCAGAGUGGGCCAUUCGGUGGAUAUCUGACCGGAGAGCUACCUUUGGUAAUGGAUACAACUGUUUUUAUUAGGUGGCCAGGCAAAGAAGAUAGUGGUCAACAUAUUGAUUUUAUUCAGAUUAAUUGUAUUAUGUCACAUUUUCUUGUACAAAAUAAUCUGUUAGUUAAAACUCAUUAAAUUAGUUUGCACUCUAUCCUGUACAACUUUAAGGUCAUAGGUCACUUAUUUUGGCAGCCAUCUUAGUUUGUUGCACAAUCUUCAAACAUCUUCCUCACCAGAACUUAUUUUGCUACAUAUAUACAAAUAGCCAUAUGAGGCAAUGCUGUGACCUAUAUAUAAAUUAAUUCAACACAUGUCAAUUAGUCAUGUGGUUUGAUGGCCAUGUUAGAUCAAACCUUUAAAAAAUAAAUAUGUACUCAGAAGCCAUUUGUUAGAAAUGCAACAUUUAGGUCACAUGUCCACAGCUAGAUCUUCUACCAAGAUACCAAAGUAUGUUGAUAUCAAAAGCAAGAUGGCUGCUAAAAGACUGUUACCUUUGUUGUGUCUUAGAACUCCAUAGGGGAUAGGCAACCUUCAGCACUCCAGAUGUUAUGGACUACAUCCCCCAUAAUGCUCUGACACACAUAAUGCUGGCAAAGCAUCAUGGGAAGUGUAGUCCAAAACAUCUGCAGUGCCGAAGGUUGAGUAUGCCUGGAUAGGGCUUAGAAACAAGAGGAGAGAGAGAGAUGGUCCAUCUAUCUCUUCCCUCUGUUUUAAAGUUCUUACUGUGUACCUCGUUAUGCUACCCUGUAUCAUUUUCCUUAAUUAUGAGAUACGGAUACGGAGGGAAUUUUUAUCCUGGAAGGAGAGGUUGACUCCCCAUUAGUGACAUAUAUUUAUCUGACAUAUAUUAAUCUCAAGGAUCUCUUCUUGUCCUCUCUAUUGACAGUUUUUAGUGCACUAUCAGUAUAAAGUCUUUGUUUGAGUUUUCUUUUUUUUUUUUUUUUUUUUGCUGAUCCCUAAUUGGUCAAUAAAAGUUAGGGCUUCCUCUUUUCAUUUUAUACUGUUCUCCCUUCUGUGGUUCCUUCUUGUUUAAAGGAUCCAAAGGGUUUGUUUUUUUAAGUCUAUCAACAAGAAAUUCGGUCUUCGUUUCAUUCGUUGUAAUUUGUAUUUGUUCAUUCUUCUUUUGGACGAAUGGAUGAAAUGCAGAUAAAAAUGUGCUCACCUGAAAACGAAUACCCAAGUCUAUUGUGGAUAAUUCACUUUUAAUAUAUAAUAGCUACACCCUUCCAUUACCACAGGUAUAACCAUUAAGAUUCCCUAUUCCUAUAAAGAGGAAUGUAUUUGUUUGUUUGUUAUCUCCAAAUUUGUAAAUAUUUUUGUGUAUCUUAUUAUUUUCGCAAGGAUGAACCUGUAAUGAAAAUAUUAUCUUACCAUAAAUCGCUCCUAUAUACAUUGAAUAUGUCAACAUAUGUCACAAAGAUUCAUGAAGUAUUCAAUGUCAAUUAUAUAGAUUUACUUACCUCUCCUAAUUGGGGACGCAGGCACGCUGGCUUAAUUGCCAGCAUUGGAAUAGAGUAUUGUCGAGUCACUCAGUUCCUAAACUUCCUAGCUGGUGCUAAGGAGUUUCCAUAACAACCACAGUGUAUGCGCUGUUGUUGCUAUGCUUGGGAGAGUCAAAGGACCUUAUGUGUUCAAGGAUCAAAAAGACCUCCUGCUUGCCCUUGUCUGUAAGUGCCUCGGAAUUGAGUAUCUGCUGAGGCAUUGGCUGAGAACUCAGAGAAACACCUAUUUUUAAAUAGGUUUUUCAUCCAAAGUAUACAUUUGCUAGCAACUGCUAGCAAAUAGUAUAGACAGAAUCUUAUGCUCUUUCAUAGGAGCAUAAAUUAAAAAAUGACUAAAGGUCAUAAUGGAAAAGGGUUUAUUGUUCCAUUCGAUGAACGAUAAUAGAGGCUUUUCAGUUUGUUUGGUUUCCGAAGGUUAUUCCCUCAAUUAACCCUUGAAAUCUAUUGUAUCCACGCUAUGUUAUAGUUUAUGUAAAUCUUUAAAAAAAAGUGAAUGGUAUAUUUCAUCCUUUCUGUAAUGGAACUUGUUUCAGUUAUUAUGAUUGGACAUUGUUCUCUGAUCACAUGUUUUGAUGUGUUAAUAUCAGGCGAGAGGGUGGUGGCUUUCGCUGCAGUAGAAGGCAUCUUCUUCUCGGGAUCUUUUGCUGCUAUUUUCUGGUUAAAGAAAAGAGGUCUUAUGCCUGGACUUACAUUUUCCAAUGAGCUUAUCAGCAGGGAUGAGGUGAGAUAUUGGUAACAUCUCUUAUAAAUAUAAAAUUCAUUCUUUAGUCAUGGCACAAAUUCUGAACAAAAAUAUUUUGAAUACUGCAAAGCUUAACCAAGUUUUGAAGGAUUCAGUAUUUACAAGACAAACUAACAAUAAAAAGAGUUUGUAUUAAUUUAAACCUAUGGAUUUUGGAACCUUAUGAGACCUUUCCUGGUGGAGUUUCUAUGUAUUUCUGACUUUAAUAAUUCAGUCUGUGCAUAGACACUUCUAAUAAAGUCUGUGCAGCCUAUGUGAUGAUGGUAAAAAAUGUCCCAUUCCUGUGUAAGACUGAAAGAGGAUAUAGCUAUUAUUUAAAAACUCUAUUUAGAUCGUGACUCAGUAUCGUCAUAGGUGAAUCAGUCUAUCUGCCCGCACAGUGACACAGAGUACCUCAUAUGUAGGUAAUUGACAUUAGCUCCUAUCAUGGCACAAUGUCCCUCAUACAUAAAUCAGUCCAUCUACCUCCAUCCACAAUGACACAGAGAACCUCAUAUAUAGGUGCCAUCAGCCUGCAUCAUGACACAAAAUAUCUCAUAGGUUAAAAAAAGUCCAUCUGCACCCACACUGACACAGUGUAUCACAUUGGUAAAUUAGUGAAUUAGCCUACACUAUAGCACAACCUGUAUUGUCCCACACCCACAAUUACUCAGAAUGUCACCUGGAGUCUUGUUUGGAUUACCUUGGUAUUGGGGGAGGUGGAGGAGUAUUGUUCUCUUCUAUUGUUCUUGUGAUAUGUUAUUGUUUGUGUUGAUAUACUGCUCUGAUAGAUGAGUUGCUAAGGGUUUGGCACGGUAGUCUACCUUACUGAGUGAAUCGCUAUUGUGUUUACUGUGCUUUUUAAUUAAAGUCCUUUCUCUUUGAUUUACAGGGUCUUCACUGCGAUUUUGCAUGUCUGAUGUAUCAUUACUUGGUGAAUAAACCCACAGAGGAACGUGUCAGGGAGAUCAUCACUGAUGCAGUCAGGAUUGAACAGGUAACUCCAGAUGUCCUGUAAACUCCAUCCUAUCGAUUGAUUACUUUCAUACUGGCAUAGAUUCUCACUCUCUUGAUUGUAAAGUUAUAUUGAUUUUCUUAUGGAGUUUAUUACUAAUCAAUUGCCACACUUUCACUCCAUUACAAAACCUACAUCAGCAGGAAAUGUACACAGACUGAUUUGAGCGUAAUAAAAAUAAAGGGUAUAAUAGUAUCUCUUUUAGUACGACUCUUCUAGUGUCAAAAAGGUUAAAAACAAAGCAAGGUUGUUCGUAAUCUUAAUGAGAGAAACUUCACUCAAAAAAAAAUCUUAUAUGAAUUACUUGUAGUUUUGGCCAGUUUUUUUCCAGUCGAAAAACAGAUCAUUAAAUUUUUUAACAAAUAUAGAAGUCAUCGUCUCUUAGCCACGCAGUGAUACAUGUUCUCGUUAUGUACCUGUUCAGCAAUUUAUCUCGUUAGAUGACAAAAUCUAAACUAAAAUUGUAUAAAAAAUAAAUAAAUCUCCAUCUUAGCCAAGAAGGAAACAUUGCCCAAAUUUUGCAACUGUGUUAUGUGCUUCAUAUAACAAGGAUUUAAAGCGACCCCUUCAAACACCAUCUGUUACUUCUAGGAGUUUCUAACAGAUGCUUUACAAGUGGAUCUGAUCGGAAUAAACUGCACAUUGAUGAAGACAUACAUAGAGUUUGUAGCUGACCGACUGCUGGCGGAACUGGGUUAUUCAAAGGUGAGCAAUACAAUGGUUAUGCAUUUUUUUCCUUACUCUUUUUCUUAAUUUUAAAAAUUCCAAUAUGUAUGCCAUUUCAAUUUGCAGUGGAUACAGGGGCUAGUUGCAACCUGUUUUGUGCCUCCCUUAAUCUUUUUUAAGUCUAUUAAGCUUUAGAGCACUGUUUGACAGAUUCCCCGGUGUUUAUGAUGAACCACAUUGUUUAGUUUGUUAAUUUAAAUUCUGUAUAUUAUUGAAUAAUAUGGCUAGAUUUUGUAAAAACUAGUUCAUGUUUUAUACGGUAUAUAUUAUACCCCUAUUUCAUACUUUCCUUCAAGACCUCAAUUUAAUAUUUUUGGAGAAGCUUUUCAAAUGAUUUAAAAGAACAAUAUAGGGUCAGGAACACAAACAUGUAUUCCUGACCCUCUAGUGCAAAACCCACCAUUUAGGCAGCUUGCCCCGCCUUAUUUCCAGGCCGGCGCGGGUCCGCUAACGCUGACCCCGCCCCCGAUCCACCUCCUUAGUGACAAUCAGAAUUGCUGAUUUUCCCUAUGGGAAAGCAUUGGAUUGGCUGAAAUCGGCAAGGAGGUAGCAAGGGUAGGGGGGCCAAAUGCCGUUUUAACCAAUCAGCACCUCCUCAUAGCGAUGCAUUGAAUCAAUAGCGUCUUCAUUGUGGAUUCUCAGAACAAAAUCUCACAGUGCCAAAUAUUUCUUCUUAUUAUUAUUUAUUACUUAUCCGGUAAGUCUUGGCCAGACGUGACACAUAUUGGUCACCCUUGUUUUACCCCUCCUGGGAUCACAAAUGAGAGAUUCAGUCAGUGUCAUUUUAUAAUUCUUAAAUAUAUGUAUGACAUGUUUAUGUUAAGUAGUAUGUCAUACUGAAAAUUUCAUCCUGAAUUAAUGGUCUUGGUACAUCCUAAGGAGUUUAAAGGUUUCUCUAAGCAAUAUAACAACUUUGCAUUAUUAGAGUACCCUGCAGUGACUCUCAGCUCUGAGACUGUUGUGUAACUGCAGUGAUUUAUAAAAAUUGAUACAGCUACAUGGCACCCACUGAGCUGUCCCUGUCAAUCAGUGAUCGAGAAUUCUAUCUUCCGAGUUGCCUUUGAUAAUUUUGUUGUGCAUGUGACCUGUGCACAUUGGUCUCUGGACUUGGACUCCUCGGAGAGUGAGUUGAACUGUGGAUACUAAUCUGUGUGGAUGGCAGGCCUGCCAAUCACCUCCCAAAAUUGUGAACAGGGCUGUGUGUAAACUGAUAGCACCUAUGGUAUGGUUGCUACCAGUAUACAGAGCAAUACCACUCAUUCUGUUCUGUUGGAAGACAAACUGCUUAUCCGGAAAGCCUCUAGGAUGAAGAGGGUUUUCGGAUAUAAAAUCAGACCUCAUAAACCAGAAUGAGGCUACUGAUCUUGUAGCCACCUCCUGAAGCUGCAGUCAACUUAUAUAAGAUGUGCAGCCUCGAGAUAUUGGAAGGUGUUUUUAUUUAUUUAUUUUUGCCUUUUUUUAUUGCACUAUUGAAAUAAUUUAUUAGAAAAUAGGCGAUUUUUACCCUAUCGUUUUCCUUGUGUUAACCUCUACAACGUCAGCCUUCCAACUGAAGUGGUAGUGGUUAACACGGUGAGGAAGUUUAAGCAUGCGUGGGAUAGGCAUAAGGCUAUAGAUAUAAGAGACUAAUGAAAGUAUUUUAAAAAUUGGGCAGAAUAGAUGUUUCUAUGUUUCUUUAAUGUAAAAGACCUGAACUGGUUUCAAAUCUUUCCAACUAUCACGUAAUAAUAAAUCUCCCUCCACUCACGUAAUGUAUGUAAAUGAUCAUGUCCCCAGUUUCAGCUUGCAUAACACUGGUACGAUUACUAAACUAUUAGAAAUAUGCUGUAUAAUACUUUUUGUCUCGUUACAGAUUUUCCAAUCAGAAAACCCUUUUGAUUUCAUGGAGAACAUUUCACUGGAAGGGAAAACCAAUUUCUUUGAGAAGAGAGUGUCGGAGUACCAGAGGUUUGGUGUCAUGACCCGUACCAUAGACAACGUAUUCACGCUCGAUGCAGAUUUUUAGUUGUUUUGAUCUGUGGACAUAAAUCAAAAUGAUUUUGUGGAAUUAGUGCUUCUUGAUAACUGGGAAGAAUGUUGGGAAAUGUGACUCCAAAGGUGUGAUCACUAUGACUUCCUGGGUCCGAGUUUAAUGUAGAAUGCUUCUAGCCACAUUUCUAAUAUCAAGAGGCAAAUGGUCUUUAAUUUGCAAACAACGUAAAUCGUCAAAUGCAAGUCGGCUCACAGAAAACUCUUCCGUCCUCUGUUAAAGACACUCCACCUCUCUCCCUUUGAAAUCACUUCUACUCUGGAUUAUGAAUGUGUCACACAAAGCCUCUGUGCUGCGAUGUAUUUGACGUGGGUGGAUGUGACUAAGCACUGCACACCCAGGAGAAUAUUAUGAUGUUAGACUUUGAUGUCUGUCCUAGCUGAGCAAACAUUGCUCUUUAGGGAUAAUCCUCUGAAUCACUGGUUGUUCCACUUGGGUUUUCCAAGAUGACGCUAGCAUCCUUCACUGCUAGUGAGUGGCAGCAAACCUAGGAGAUAAAUGUCAAAAACAUGUUAUGUUCCUUCUAAGGUGUGCAGACUAGCACUAAAACUGUUAAAAUAGGCCUCAAAUUGUAAGGUUGCUUUAAGGAUUUUCGUUUUUUAGGAUGUAGUUUUUUUUUAACAAUUUGAGUGCCAGGCAGCUCACCUAUGAAGGAACACUGAAUACAAUCAUAAAUCUGAAUUUCUGGACGUUCAACCGUUUACGCAGUGACGUGCACUCAGCAAUCCAGAGAUAAUCACGUAGUUCUGACUUCAUUAUUUCAUUACAUGACUCUCCAGUGGGGUCUUUUAUUUAUUUGUAUUUAUUUUUCAAGCAUACCCUUAAUUAAUGUGAAUCCUAAGAUAUCACAUGGCGAACCUCUGCUGAGGAAGAAUUUUAAAGAGACACUCUAAACACCAUAACCACUUCCGCUUAUUGAAGUAUUUAUGGUAUUAGGAUACCAUCUGUAUCAUCAAUUUCUUUAUGAAUAUAUUUUUUGAUCAUAAUUGAACCGUAUAGUAUUUUAGCCUAAGUGUGCCUAACAACUAAACCUGACCCUGAAUAUUUUUUUUUAUUAAACAUAUCAAUCUUGACUUAGCUAAGCUUUGAAAAAGAGUGUUUAACAAUAAGAGAUUUGCAGUAAUAGGUCAGAUCCUGAAAAAUAGUUGUAGAUUACAGGAGCGAAAGAUGCUAAUUCAGGAGCCAUUUAGUGAAAAAGAUCUAUUUGAAACACAAAAAUAAGAGGUGCGAUGUAUAGAGCUCCCCUGCGUAUCUAUUGCUGUUGAAUCUUGAAUAAAUUUGUUAAAGUGAAACUUUUAUUUACAACAAAGGUCAGAUUUAAGCUAAGUAUUAAGUCAAGUAUUAAUAAUAACCUAUGCCUUGUACUUGCAAGAUCAUCAGAAAAUAUACAGAUUGGAAGAUACACUUUUCUCCUGCAUAUUACAAUGCUUAAACAUAUGAGUACAUGCAAUAUUUUGUGGAAUGCCUAAUUUGCCAAUUAGGGUAGACAUAUUCUGUAGUGAUCAUAUUUGCAGUUGCAGAGAGAUGUGGGGGUCAUGAAAUUAGGAGUGCAGCCCUCCUGCCCCCAUGGUAAGUAGUUGAACUAAUUGCAAAGAGUUUGACAACUGACCCGGGGUUUGCCAGACACUGAUCACAGACUAUAACCGUUUGGUUACAGAUCUAAAAACAUGUUUGAUGUUAGUUUACUUUUGUUUUGCAUAAGUAUGCUUGCUACUAUAUCAGUAGGUAACGCUACAGUUGUAGAAAUGGUUUCAUUUUGUAUAAAUGGCAUCACAUUUUUUUUAACUUAAGUGAAUCUUUAAAUAUAUUUAUUGAGAAUUUCAUGUUUGGUAUUAAAAUAUAAACUGAGGUUUAUUCACUAAACAUAGAAUUGGGGAGAAAGGCACAAACACCUCAGACCUGCUUGUAACAUUUAUAUGCACUGCAAAAAAAAAAGAAAGAAAUGGCACGAAGAGUGCAUAAGUCGAUGAAAUGGAAAAGUAUUUUAAUAUAUUUUAAAGGAAGACAAUAGGAUCUGGAACACAAACAUGUAUUCCUGACCCUAUAGCGUUUGAUCCAUUUAGGUGGAUCCCUCCACCCCCUUAGCCCUUAAACUUACAUUCUUUACAGUGCCGCAUAGGUCCGCCGGCACUGGCCCUGCCCCUGAUCCACCUCCUUGGUGACAUAAUCAAAAUUGCAGCUUUUUAGCCAAUCCAAUGCUUUCCCAUAGGGAAAGGAGGCGGGAUGGGGCAAGGCCAAAUGCUAUUUUGGUCAAUCAGCACCUCCUCAUAGAGAUGCAUUGAAUCAAUGCAUUUCUAUGAGGAAAAUUGAGCAUGGAGUUGCUGAACGGCAGUGCUGCCUACUGUGCAGCACUGAGCCAGGAAGCACCUCCAGUGGCCAUCUGAGGAGUGGCCACUAGAGGUGUCCCUAGAGGGUAAUGUAAACACUGCCUUUUCUAUGAAAGGCAGUGUUUGCAUGAAAAUGCCUUAAGGGAGUGAUUAUACUCACCAGAACAACUACAUUAAGCUGUAGUUGUUCUGGUGACUAUAGUGUCCCUUUAAUUUUAAUACAUUGCUGAUUCUCCUCGAUUCUAGCUUUACACACUCCUGUGUUUAAAGUUUUUUAGAUGGAGUUUUCUGAAUUAGAUAUUUAUAAACUCUCAGUGUUAUUCACUAAAGUAUCAAUUGUCAGGAAUUCAUAGUAAUCUCAAAGUGAAUUGCAAAUUUUAGGCCAGAACAGUUGAACUGCAAAAUAGAUGGCUAGGAGAAUUCUCCUAGUUCGGCUACUUUGGUCUAGUAUUUGACAUUCAUUUAGAAUUCUUGAUUAUUCUCCCUGUAUUGCAUUAUUGUUAGGUAGUGGUGUUCAGCAUGGUAUUCACGGUUCUGCUCUGUACUUCUUCCCUUCUCUGCUCUGGUCAAUUUUCAGUUCCCCACAAUUCACUGUUUAGUACAUAAACCAUUGUGUUUUAACAUGUUUUGUUCAAUAUGUUGCCAUUUUAAUUUUUUUUAAAUAAUAGGAUUAAUGCUAAUCUUAUAAGAAGUUGAAAAGGACAUUUGAUAGUCCUGAGGGGCUUUUAUAUUUUCGAGAAAUAUGUGACUUGAUUUAGAAACCUAGCAGUGCACUAGCUGUGUAUUCUGAGCUGCCAAAUAAAUAAUAUAUUUAUUGAAAAGGUU